AUGUGUGGUCAGACAAAGUUCAGCGCUGUCGCGGGUAUGGAUUCGCUCAAAUAUGGAAAUUGGAACGGGGUCACGAGAGGAGAUCUUGCCGCAAGUGCCGUUGAGUGGCAUAAAAAGAAAGGGAACCGCGCCGACUGGUCAAAACCCCCGGAUCUGAGUGACGGCGAAACCGCGCGGUUCUUAUUCGAUUUCUAUGCAGACGGCGAUUUCAAGGUGCCGGGAACAGGAGACAUUCCCGUUUGCAGCCCCAAAGAAGCAAUCAAGAACUGGGCAGAGCAUUAUAAUGACAAUCCAAGAUGGCCUGAGUAUCCUUGUAACAAACCUUGA